AUGUCUAGUCCAAACGAAACUUCUGGACCUAAGGGUGAUCGCACACCUGCAGAUAAGGGUGAUCGCACACCUGCGGACCCUUCAGAUACAAAAUCACAAAGUCAAACUGCAGUCUCGCUUUGCUCGCUUAAUACUAGUAUACCAAUGCGCACAACCGUUUUGCUGGCAACUGCGUGCGUCCGCGCUUUAGACUCACGUGGGACAGAAAACACUCUCAAAUGUCUUAUUGACAAUGCAUCGCAACACAACUAUAUAACAAAUGAUUGUGUCAAACGCUUAAAUUUGCACAUAGAGAACCUGACACAUCCCGCGUCUGUGAACGGGUUUGGGGGUACCUCUAGCAAAAUUAAGGGUAUAAGUCGCAUAACAAUAUUUUCACGCUUUAAUAAUAAAUCAUACUCGCUCACGCCGUUGAUUGUUGACAAAAUCACAGAUCACUUACCUACAUCGCCAGUAGAAAGGUCGCUGCUCAAUUAUUUAGAGAGCGUACCACUCGCAGACAAUACCUAUCACCUUCCAAGUAAGGUUGAUAUGAUUUUAGGCGCGCAAAUGUUUACGCAAAUUCUGCUAUCAGGCCGCGUUGCGGCUCCGCCUGGUAUGCCUCACGCUUUACAAACCACGCUUGGAUAUAUUUUAAUGGGCACAGCCCCGCUAACGCAAUCAGUUCCCCCUUCGCAAACGCAAACGCUAUGUGCUAUUACUAAUGAACGCUUAGAUAAUUCUUUACGCAAUUUUUUUGAAUUGGAGGAUGUACCUUCCCCUAAGAGUAAUUUCCUUAGCACGGAAGAACAAGAAUGCGAAGAUAUUUAUAAAAAGACGACAGAACGCGAUUCUCACGGUCGAUAUAUCGUAGCUUUGCCGUUUAAGUCCGACCCUAGUGUGUUGGGCAACGCUUCGCUAAACGCAGAAAAACGCUUUAAUUAUUUAGAACGCAAAUUAGAAAAAUCACCUUCUUUACGCGACGCUUAUAAUAAUAUUAUUGAUGAAUAUCUGGAGAAAGACUACUUGAGUCCAGUAACACAAACUCGCUCUGACGUACAAUACGUUAUUCCGCACCACGGCGUUCAACGCGACGAUAAAGUUUCUACUAAAGUCAGAAUCGUUCUGGAUGCUUCUGCUGUUGAAAAUGACACAAGCUUAAACUCGCUAUUACAUAAAGAUGAUCCUUUGCAAUUAUUUGAAUUUAAACGCGUCUGCUUUGGCCUCGCUUCAAGUCCCUUUCUUGCGCUUCGCACAUUAAAGCAGUUAGCUGAAGACGAAGGCAAAAAAUACCCUUUAGCUGCUGCCGUAAUAAAUGCAGGUCAAUUUUACAUGGAUGACGUCAUAUGUACAACGCACACCGUAGAAGACGCAAUUGAGUUGGCCGACCAAUUAUCGGAAAUGUUCGCAGCGGGUUGCUUCGAUUUAUUAAAAUGGUCGAGCAAUUCAUCGCAAUUUCUUGAACAUUAUCCUAAAGAACUUUUGCACCCUUCGCUUGCUAUUAACUUUGAACCCGAAUCUAGUCAGAAGGUUUUAGGGGUUAAGUGGGAACCUCAUAAAGAUUUGUUUACUUUUGACUUUGCACCUAAAGAAAUGAAAUGCACUAAACGCAACAUGUUGUCGGUCAUUGCUCAGUUAUUUGACGUUCUCGGAUUUGUAGCACCUAUGGAAUGUAGACGACAUAAGGAUGGAAACUUGCCCGACGCUCUGCGGUUCGGUGGUAAAAUGGUGAAUUUCCUAAAUGGAAAUAGAAAAUCUGCAUUAGAUAUAUCAGUCAUAUAG